AUGGAGAAACUCCCCACCAUUAUUCUGCCGGAAGGAGAUGUCGUUUCACCGAGUCCCAGAGCAGCAGGCUCUCUGGGUUGUUUAGAAAAGGUGCAUACGAACAGCAGGAGUUCGUUGCUGCGACUGGGAGGUAUCCGGUUCCGUUGCUCGCGUCCGCAGCAGCUGGUGGACGAGUUUUACGUGAAGCGACUGGGUAUGCAGGAGCUUGUGCUUAGUUCAGCAGUGGGGACGAAAAUAGGGAGCGUUGGCGGUUUGGAGUUCUGCCUUGCUCUUCCGCCGAGGCAACAACUGCACCAACUGUUGCAGCAGCUCUCUGUGCGUUCACAGCAGCGCCGUAGCAGCCCCUCCAGCAGCCGCACGGACCUCGGGGCGACUGGGGAGGGGGAGGAAGUGGGGGUAAACAGUAGCGGGAAGUUCUCUUUGCUCGGACGGGAGGCCCUAAACCCCAACGGAGCCACCAGCAGACGCAGCAGCUUUGGCAGCUGGCGUUCAGCACGCAUUAAUAGCCUGACAUCCGCCCUACCCUCCUCCCCCAACCGAUUCGCCGCCUUUGAGUUCUUUUCCCCCACCGAGGUCGAAGGCGCCGUAGCAGAGGCCACAGACGCCACCACUAAUCCCACAACAGCGAACAGUACUUUCAAACUGCACGCACAUGAAUGCCUCGCAAAGCCCAAAAGUUGGUUGCGGCAUGCCGGGGGUCAGUUUGUACUGGAAUUUGUACCGGUGCAGAAAGCGGGGGGGAAAUAUAAAGCGUAUGAACACCACGACUCCGACGCCUUCAGCCAUCUCUCCUUCACCGUCUGUGACGUGGACACGAUGGCAGUGGACUUGUCGCAACACAUGGUUCGCGUUGAACCGGCGGGGCAGUUUCUGGAUGUGGCCUACGCCUCGGGCUUCACGGAUCCACAGAACUUCAGGGGCCGCCUAUUACAGUUCAUGAGUGAGUACAAGAUGGCGUCUCUGAAGGCUCAUAUGAAUGACGAGUCGCGAACUGCCUCGUCUUGUUCAUUUGACCACUUGCGUCAGUCGCCGGCGCGAGCCCAUGACUCUGGGGAGAGCAAGCGGUUCGCCAGGGGCGCUGUGGAGACUUUCGGAGGACUCGGGGGGGGCACGGGGGAGCGACGCCGGUCUCCCUCACCUUCGGCGCCGAGUAGGUUUUGCUCCAUGUCCGUGCGUGAAUCCGGUACAGCUUCUCUUUUUUCCAGCGAGCGCGAGGGUUGUCUCCCUGCCCCCACCCCAGAGGAGGUACAGGCUGUAGAGCUCAGUCACAACUCCUCCACGCUGCGUUUCGACACGUUGCCCCUGUUGAGGCUGCCCGUUCUCCACCACAUUGAAAUCGCCGCUACGAACCUUGAGGAUACCCUCAAGUUCUACGAAGACGUGCUGGGCAUGACGCUGAUAGACAAGAAGACCGCCGCGGGUUUUGGCUUCACUCUUUACUUUCUUGCUCUUGAAUCUCCGACGAACGCUUCACUCCAUUACUGGUUGUGGGUGCAGCGCUUUUCUUCUAUCUGCAUUAAAGUACACACAGACGGCACCCAAGUGGCACCGUACGAAGACCUCGAGCCUUCCGAGUGCGGGUUUUUGGGCAUUUCGUUUCUUUGCGCAGAAAGUAAAGAAGAAACACUUCUCAGAAGAAUCAAGUCAAAGAACGUCAAUAUCGGUUUUGUGGAUGAUGCAGUGUACGGACAGAAGGUCUUGCUGCUAAGAGAUCCACAGAACAUUCCUAUACGCAUUGCUUUUACAAAUUAA